AUGCAGUCCACGAACCCAGAACACACCCAAGGCUUUUCAGUCUCUAAUCCUUUCACCAGAUACAUUAAUUAUUGUCCCCACGACGUACCGUGGGAAAAAGUCACCAAUGCCGAGGCUCUCAGGACCCAUUGUUUGAGGCGUGGACUUCUGGACGAUCGUGACGUUCCAGCACUCCAGCAACGCCUAAAGGAAUACCAACAAGCACACAAAGACGAGAACGAAGAUCGAGGUGUGCCUUGGCGACUUACUCCUGAUGAAGUGUGGAUACUCGCCAGUGCGACCAGGACCAGGUGUCAGUUAAUCCGGGUCGUGGACGAAAGCUAUGUGGGUUCGUGGGGGCGUUGGCUUGAGAAGCGAUUCACCCUCUACACCAGACGUUUGGGUCUCUUUACCUUAUCCCGCCCGCACUUGAACCAUCGAAGUCAAUGGAAGACGAAGUUGCGAGCAUAUCCUUUACGUUCUCCGCCACGUUCUUCGCUGCCCGGAACCGCUCCUUUAGCAAAAUGCGUUUCUUCUGGAGGAGCUGGAUUACAUCUUUGCCGCCAACCCUUUUUUCUACUUUUUCCCCAACCAAAACCCAGGGCGGGUGCCUCAAGUGAACGUUGUCCCUUCCCCAGCGUGCAGUGUCUCGAAAUCUUCAAUAGUGUCAGAAAGCCUAGCCAGCCCAACAUUUGCGUUCUCUGUGAAGACGAGAAGCACUGGGCUUGUCCUCAGUGGGUGUGUAGCCCCCAAAGCGAACCUGAAAAGUGGAUAGACAAAGAACACAUGGACAAAUCCCUUCACGAGACCAAGCUGGCAGCAAUGCUUAACUACGAGUAUAAGUCGAGAAGACACAAAUGA